GUUCAGGGAGACAACGACGUGGGUCAUUUUGCAUGGAUAAAAAAUAUGUCCCGCCUCAUGAGCAUGCAGUUGACUAAGCACAAAGGAAAAAAAUAUUUCUGCGAUCGAUGCUUGCAUUACUUUAGUUCGAGUCAAAGGUUGGAAGCUCACAUUGUGGACUGUGGAGAGAUAAACGACUGCGCGAUCAGAUUACCGAGUGAGGACGACAAGUGGCUGACCUUCAAAAAUUACAACUGUAAGGAACGUGCACCGUUUGUCGUAUACGCCGACUUGGAGUGCACUCUGGAAAAGAUUGACAAGGAUUCGAUAACGUCUUCAUAUGCGUAUCAGCAUCAUGAGGUAUUCAGCGUUGGAUAUUACGUGCAUUGCUCGUACGAUGAUUCAUUGUCCACAUACCAAUCUCGUCGCGAUAAAGAUUGCAUCACGUGGUUCGUCAAGCAACUCAAAGUGUUAUCACAACACGUAAAAGAAAAAUUAUUCACUAAUGUCCCUAUGGAAAAUUUGUCGAAGGAACAGUGGGGGGCAUACCGUAGCGCGACGCAUUGCCACAUAUGUGAAAAACCGUUCGCACUAGGUGAUGAUAGAGUACGCGAUCAUUGCCAUUUGACCGAAAGAUAUAGAGGUCCAGCGCAUUCGAAUUGUAAUUUAAAUUAUAAAAAUUUAUAUUGUGUUCCUGUGGUCUUCCACAAUUUAUCUGGUUACGAUUUGCAUUUCAUUAUCAAAGAAAUAGCUACAGCGUACGAAGGACAUGUAGAAUUGCUUCCAAUAACGAAGGAAAAAUACAUUUCCUUCACCAAACAUGUCACAGGCACCGCUGAAAAAUCAGAUUGGCGAAAUUGUAUGAAAUUGCGAUUCAUCGAUUCAUACAAAUUUUUAACUGGUGUCUUUCCGUACGAGUACGUUGAUUGCGUCGAAAAGUUGGAGAACACGUGUUUACCACCGCGCGAAUCAUUUUACAGUUCCUUGACCGGUGACACUGUAUCCGAGAACGAUUACGCGCACGCUGCGAACGUCUGGCGACAGUUUGCCAUUCAAUUCUUGGGCGAGUACAGCGACCUGUAUAUGAAAACGGAUGUCAUGUUGUAG